AGACAGAGACUGACUGAGACACAGACAGACAGAGCUUGAGACAGACUGAGACAGACAGAGACACAGACAGACAGAGCCUGAGAGACGAGAGGAGAGAGAUACUGGUUGUUCUAACCAGUAGGACACUACUAACUAGCACUACUACUAACUAGUACUACUACUAACUAGUACUACUACUAACUAGUGCUCGCUAGGACUAAUACCAUCAGUACUACUAGCGAGCACUCGGACUAGUACUACCAGUACUACUACUAACUGGAAGUAUUAACUAGUACUAACUAGUAGUACUCGCCAGUACUACCACUCGUACUGCUAACUAGUGGUGCUAACUAGUGGUAGGAGGAUGUCUUGUGAGUGGAGGCCUGAUGAACAAGGCUUGCAGCAGAUUCUGCAGCUGCUGCGCGAAUCUCAGUCGCCUGAUACAGCCACCCAGCGUACUGUUCAGCAGAAACUGGAGCAGCUCAAUCAGUACCCAGACUUCAACAACUACCUAAUAUUCGUGCUCACCAAACUCACCAGCGAGGAUGAACCCACACGAUCUCUGAGUGGCCUCAUCCUCAAGAACAAUGUCAAGGCUCACUACCAGGGAUUCCCCUGUGCAGUGGCAGAAUUCAUCCGCAGGGAGUGCCUCACAAGCAUUGGAGAUCCCAGCCCACUCAUACGAGCCACCAUUGGCAUCCUGAUCACCACCAUCGCAUCUCGAGGUGAACUUCAGAGUUGGCCGGAGCUGCUCCCCAAACUGUGCACACUCCUAGACUCUGAUGACUACAACACCUGUGAGGGAGCGUUUGGUGCUCUUCAGAAGAUUUGUGAGGACUCUGCUGAGAUAUUGGACAGUGAGGUUCUGGAGAGGCCUCUGAACGUGAUGAUCCCAAAGUUUCUGCAGUUCUUCAAGCACUCCAGCCCCAAGAUACGCUCGCACGCCAUCGCGUGCGUGAACCAGUUCAUCAUCAGCCGGACACAAGCUCUCAUGCUUCACAUCGAUCCGUUCAUAGAGAAUCUGUUUGCACUGGCGACGGACGAAGACUCGGACGUUCGCAAGAACGUCUGCCGUGCCCUCGUGAUGCUGCUGGAAGUGCGGAUGGACAGGCUGCUCCCUCACAUGCACAGUAUCAUUGAGUACAUGCUACAGCGUACCCAGGAUCCUGAUGACAAUGUCUCGCUAGAGGCCUGUCUCUCUGUGUCUCUGUGUGUGUCUCUGUGUGUGCAGUACAUGCUACAGCGUACCCAGGAUCCUGAUGACAAUGUCUCGCUAGAGGCCUGUCUCUCUGUCUCUGUGUCUCUCUGUCUCUCUGUGUGUGUCUCUGUGUGUGUCUCUCUCUGUGUCUCUCUCUGUGUCUCUAUAAUCUGUGUCUCUGUGUGUGCAGUACAUGCUACAGCGUACCCAGGAUCCUGAUGACAAUGUCUCGCUAGAGGCCUGUCUCUCUGUCUCUGUGUCUCUCUCUGUGUCUCUCUGUCUCUGUGUCUCUCUCUAUGUCUCUCUCUGUGUCUCUAUAAUCUGUGUCUCUGUGUGUGCAGUACAUGCUACAGCGUACCCAGGAUCCUGAUGACAAUGUCUCGCUAGAGGCCUGUCUCUCUGUCUCUGUGUCUCUCUGUCUCUCUGUGUGUGCAGUACAUGCUACAGCGUACCCAGGAUCCUGAUGACAAUGUCUCGCUAGAGGCCUGUCUCUCUGUCUCUGUGUCUCUCUCU